AAUGUAUUUACCGUAAUAGUGUUCAAAAGUCUGUUGGGAACCUGGUUACGCGGUUCACAGGUGGCGUGCCAGGCGCUGCACGUGGCGCUGCAGUACCUGAUGCUGGCCAACUACCUGUGGAUGUUCUGCGAGGGCCUCCACCUGCACCUGGCGCUGGUCGUCGUCUUUGUCAAGGACGAGUCGGCGAUGCGCUGGUUCCUGCUCGUGGGCUGGGGACUGCCGCUGCCCAUCGCCGCUCUCUACGUGGGGGUCCGCAUGUCGCGGCCUGCUGACGUGCUGCAGUGCUGGAUGCACGACAGCACGGCGCAGUGGGUGCUGACGGUGCCGGUGUGCCUGUCUCUGGUGGCGAGCGCCGUCUUCCUGGUGAACGUGGUGCGCGUGCUGCUCACCAAGCUGCACACGCACUCGGCCAACCCUACCCCAGUGGGGCUGCGCAAGGCGGUGCGCGCCGCCGCCAUCUUGGUGCCGCUGUUCGGCCUGCAGCACGUGCUGCUGCCGUUCCGGCCGGCGCCGCACGAGCCGGGCGAGCGCGCCUACCAGCUCAUCUCAGCCGUGCUCGUCUCGCUACAGGGCCUGUGCGUGUCGUGCCUGUUCUGCUUCGCGAACGUGGACGUGCACGGCGCGUUGCGUCCACUGCUGUGCCGGCUGUGGGGGCGGCAGCGAGCAGCCUCGAUGCACACGCAGAGCCGCGACGUCUGCGUCUGA